AUGGUGUGGCUGGCGGCGGUGGUUCUCUUGGCCGGCCUCUCGCAGUGUGUCCAUGCGGAGACGUACACCUCCAUGCUCAGCAUCCACGAGGCGCUCAGCACCGAGAGGGAGCUCCUCCGCUUUUUGCACACCUACCUUGAAGAGGAAGCCAAGAGGCUGGAGGACCUUAGAAGAUUCUACAGGAAGAUCCAGGCCUUGCAUCAAGGAGCGGGCAGCACUGUGGUUAACCCUUUACUGGCCUACACGCUCAUCAAGAGGUUGCAGUCGGACUGGCUGAACGUGGUGUACAGCAUGGAAGCCAGCGAGAACGCCCAAGCACUGAAGAAUGGCUACCAGCGGUUGGAGGAGGACUUGCCCCUCUUUGAGGACCUGGAAGGAGCUGCCCGGGGGGUGAUGCGCUUGCAAGAUGUCUACUCCCUGAGCGUGAAGGGCUUGGCCAAAGGGAAGUUCCAGAGGGUUAGCAACGCUCCGCUUCCGGACAUCUACAACCCCAGCCAGGAUUUCUCACUGUCCGCCGACGACUGUUUCCAUAUUGGCAAGGUUGCCUACGACAUGGAAGAUUAUUAUCACUCCAUUCUGUGGUUGGAGGAAGCCGUGAGCCUCUUCCGCGUUUCCUACGGGAGCUGGAACACAGAGGAUGAGGGGAGCCUGGAAGAUGCCCUGGACCACCUCGCUUUUUCUUAUUUCAAGGCAGGAAACGUCUCUCAUGCCUUAAGCCUUUCCCAAGAAUUUCUUCACUACGAUCCGAGCAACAAGAGGAUGGCGAGGAACGUCGUCAAGUACGAGAAGCUGCUGUUGGUGAAUCCCGAGAGCGGCGAAGAAGCGGGGUCCCUGCAGAGGCCAAACGUGACCCAGCUGGAGACCAGAGAUGUUUAUGAGAAGCUAUGCCAGACUCUGGGGUCUCAGCCAUCCCAGUAUCAGCAAAAACACCUCUACUGCUCCUAUGAGACCAAAGGAACCCCCUUCCUGAUGCUCCAGCCUCUGAAGAGGGAGAUUGUCCACCGGCAGCCCCACAUCGCACUCUACCAUGACUUCGUCAGCGAUGCCGAAGCAGAGAAGAUCAAGCAGCUCGCUGCUCCACGGUUGCAGAGGUCGGUGGUCGCCUCGGGAGAAAAGCAGCAGAAAGCAGACUACCGGAUUAGCAAAAGUGCCUGGCUGAAAGACACCUUGGAUCCAGCAAUCGUGGCCCUAGAUCGACGGGUCGCAGCCCUGACCGGCCUCAACACCCGGCCUCCUUAUGCAGAAUACCUGCAGGUGGUGAACUAUGGAUUAGGCGGCCACUACGAGCCCCAUUUUGACCAUGCGACGUCGAGAAAAAGCCCCCUUUACAGGAUGAAAUCCGGAAACCGAAUUGCCACGUUGAUGGUCUAUUUGAGUUUGGUAGAAGCCGGAGGGUCCACGGCCUUCAUCUACGCAAACCUCAGCAUUCCUGUUGUCAAGAAUGCAGCUGUCUUUUGGUGGAACCUUCACAGGAAUGGGGAUGGGGACGACGACACCCUCCACGCUGGCUGCCCAGUCCUUGCCGGAGACAAAUGGGUGGCCAACAAGUGGUUCCAUGAACACGGACAGGAAUUUCGGAGGCCGUGUGGCACAAGCCCGGAAGACUAAAAAGUUCAAGUGCUCUCAGCUGGGUUCGGCGAAUGCCAGAGGUUCACAAUGGGCUAAGUGUGGGGAGAGAAUCUGGACCGACUCCCUAUCCUAACACAGCCUGGUCCCGAAAGACCACCUCGGAGUGAACCACGGCCAAACCACAUCUUGGCAAAGGUUUUCUCAGGCAUCCGAGAAAGAAAGAACUCGUUGAUGUAGCACAUAGUUAAACUAUGGAACUCCUUGCCACAGGGCGCAGUGAUUUGCCAUCAACUUGGACGGCUUUAAGAGAAGAGGAUGGGGGCAAAUUCAUGAAGGGUGGAGCUGUUGGUGGCCUCAAGCCGCAAUGGGGCCACAGUCGGAGGCGGUAACGCUUCUGAAUCCCAGUUACUGGAAGUCACAUUGCUCUUGUGUUC